AUGGCUGCGUUGCCCUACCGUCGUCCUUCUCGCCAGAGCUCCCGCCAGGCAUCGAGUGAUCCUCGAGAGGAUCUGCAGGUCCACCUAGAUCACUUCAUCGGGAUUGAUGUCGGAACCGGCAGUGCCCGUGCGUGUAUCAUCGACGCGAAGGGUGACAUUGUGGGCCUCGCCUCCGAGAACAUUGGCCUCUGGCAGCCAGAGCACGGGUACUAUGAACAAUCCACCUCUGACAUCUGGCGGUGCAUCUGCGCGGCAGUCCAGCGAGCGAUCAGCCAGCACAAUAUCAGCCCCGAGACAGUCCGUGGGAUUGGCUUCGACGCCACCUGCUCCCUGUCCGUCUUCAACCAUGAGACCGACGAGCCUGUUUCGGUAACAGGGCCCAACUUCGACUCUGAUCGCAACGUCAUUCUCUGGCUCGACCACCGACCGGUCGACGAAGCCGCCAAAAUUAACGCCACCAACCACAAUCUUCUCCGCUACGUCGGAGGCAAGAUGUCUAUUGAGAUGGAAGUCCCCAAGGUGUUAUGGCUGAAAAACAACAUGCCCCAGGAGUUGUUUGAUAAGUGCAAGUUUUAUGACCUGAGCGACGCGCUCACCCACAUUGCAACCGGCAAUGAGAAGCGAAGCUUCUGUAGUGUAGUCUGCAAGCAAGGCUAUGUACCAGUCGGUGUGGAUGGAAGUGUGAAGGGUUGGCAGGAGGAUUUCCUCAAGGAAAUUGGACUGGGUGAUCUGACGGAGGAUAAUUUCAAGCGCAUGGGUGGAGUCAACGGGGUGAAUGGGGACUACCUCAGUGCUGGAGAACUCGUCGGUCACCUGUGUGAGAAGGCCGCCGCCGAACUGGGUCUGCCCGCCGGCAUUGCCAUCGGCAGCGGUGUGAUUGACGCCUAUGCUGGUUGGAUUGGUACUGUUGGUGCUAAGGUCAACCUAGGUGCUGGACAACUGAGUGCCGAUGCGGCCAAGAACGAUAAAUCGCAGGCUUUCUCCCGGCUGGCCGCGGUCGCAGGAACCUCGACAUGUCACCUGGCGAUGUCACCGGAUCCUGUUUUUGUGGAUGGCGUCUGGGGCCCGUAUAAAGACACCAUUAUCUCCGGCUACUGGAUGGCUGAGGGUGGCCAGUCCGCGACGGGAGAACUGUUGAAGCAUGUUAUUGAAACACACCCGGCCUUCAACCAAGCCCAUUCGAUUGCCGAGUCAUAUCAUGCCAAUAUCUAUGAAUAUCUGAAUGAGCAUCUCAAAGAAAUGGUUCAGGAUCAACAAGCGCCAUGCGUGCCCUACCUAGGACGCCACUUCUUUUUCUACGGAGACCUCUGGGGCAAUCGAUCUCCUAUUGCCGAUCCCAACAUGACUGGUUCUAUUUUCGGCCUCACCAGCGACAAGAGCGUGGAUGGACUUGCCAUCUACUAUUACGGCACACUGGAGUUUAUUGCACUGCAGACGAAGCAAAUUGUUGACACCAUGAACAAGGCAGGCCACAAUAUCACUUCGAUUUUCAUGUCGGGCUCGCAGUGCCAGAAUGACAUCCUGGUGCGACUGAUAGCGUCGGCCUGUGACAUGCCGGUUGUGAUUCCUCGAUACAUCCAUGCGGCUGUCUGCCAUGGUGCCGCCAUGUUAGGCGCAAAAGCUGCUAGCUCCGAUUCCCAGGGUAAUACCGAGGAUUUGUGGGAUAUCAUGGAUCGCAUGAGCAAGCCAGGCAAGAAAGUGAUGCCAACUGACGAUCCCAAGGAGAAGGCUCUACUGCAGGCUAAGUACGAGGUUUUCCUGGAGCAGUGUUAUAGGCAGCAAAAGUACCGCCAACUGGUUGAUGAGGCUGUAGGUGAAUGGACCUCGGCCUAA